AAUUUUCAAAGAUUUCAGUUUUGACCCGCCCUGCCCCGUUUAAACAUUACCCUGACCCGCCCCGUUUAACCAUUACCCUGCCCCGCCCUACUUUUGCCCUGCCCCUCUAUCCGCUGGCUUCAGUCAUUAAACCAUUGCCGUCACUAGCCGCUGGUUUCAUUUGCUAAUCUUUCAGCUGUGGGGAGAAUUGUAGCGUGGCGUCGGCGAGCAAUGGAGCUGAAGCUAGCAUUCCCCGCGGAUACUCCGCCUUUGGCUGUUAUUGCGGCGGCGAAGAUUGCCGGAGUUCCACUCUCUACUGAUCCAACUCUUUCUCCUGGUUCUCCUCCUGUUAUCCUUCUCCCUAGUGGAUUGAAGCUGCAGGGAACUUCUGUGCUUCUAAGGUACAUUAGUCGGGUUGCAAACAUUCCUGAUUUGUACCAGCGAGACGCCUUUGAGUCUUGUCAGAUAGAUGAAUGGCUAGAGUAUGCUCCUAUUUUUGCUUCUGGCUCUCAAUUUGAGGAAGCAUGUGGCUAUGUUGAUGGAUAUCUUCUGCAGUCCACAUUUCUUGUUGGACAUAGCCUCUCAAUUGCGGAUAUUGCAGUUUGGUCUGGCCUUGCAGGUACUGGAAAGAGAUGGGAAAGCCUAAGAUCUUCUAAGAAGUACCAAAAUCUGGCAAGGUGGUUCAACUCAAUAUUAGCUGAAUAUGAUGGUGUUCUAAAUGAAGUCACAGCAACAUAUAUGGGAAAGAAAGGCUCGGGAAAGCCAACUGUAUCUAAAGUGAAAGAGCAAGAUGGCUCAAAUGCUAAUUUGGCCAAAGUAAAUGGUGAUUCCACUGACAAGGAAAAAUCAGGUAGCAGACCAACAUUUGAGGUGGAUCUUCCAGAGGCAGAGGCUGGAAAAGUGCGUUUGAGGUUUGCACCAGAACCUAGUGGUUAUCUCCAUAUUGGUCACUCAAAAGCAGCAUUACUGAACCAGUAUUUUGCUGAAAGAUAUAAAGGGGAAGUUAUUAUUCGUUUCGAUGACACGAAUCCUGAUAAGGAAAGCAAUGAAUUUGUGGAUAAUCUACUGAAAGAUAUUGAAACUCUAGGAAUUAAGUAUAGGACUGUGACAUAUACAUCUGAUUACUUUCCAAAAUUGAUGGAGAUGGCUGAGAAAUUGAUUCGUGAGGGUAAAGCCUAUGUGGAUGAUACACCAAGGGAGCAAAUGCAAAAAGAAAGAAUGGAUGGAAUUGAAUCAAGGUGUAGGAACAACAGUGUGGAGGAGAAUCUGAAAUUAUGGAAGGAGAUGAUUGCUGGCUCAGAGAGGGGAACAAUGUGUUGUGUUAGAGGGAAAUUGGAUAUGCAGGAUCCUAACAAGUCAGUUAGGGACCCAGUAUAUUACCGCUGCAAUCAGACUCCUCAUCACAGGAUUGGUGCUAAAUAUAAAGUAUACCCUACUUAUGAUUUUGCAUGCCCAUUUGUAGAUGCUAUUGAAGGUAUUACACAUGCUCUUCGAUCUAGUGAGUAUCAUGACAGGAAUGACCAGUACUACAGGAUUCAAACUGAUAUGGGUUUCAGAAAAGUUCAUAUUUAUGAAUUUAGUCGGUUGAAUUUGGUCUAUACACUUCUUAGUAAGCGUAAGCUGCUGUGGUUUGUGCAAAAUGGACUGGUUGAAGGGUGGGAUGAUCCUCGAUUUCCGACUGUACAAGGGAUAGUGCGCAGAGGGCUGAAGAUUGAGGCGCUGAUACAGUUCAUUCUUGAACAAGGAGCAUCAAAGAAUCUCAAUCUAAUGGAGUGGGACAAGCUGUGGGCCAUUAACAAGAAGCUCAUUGAUCCUGUAUGUCCUAGGCAUACUGCAGUUAUUGAAGAAAGACGAGUCCUAUUGACUUUGAGUAACGGGCCAAAUGAUCCUUUUGUACGUAUUGUACCCAAGCAUAAAAAAUAUGCAGGUGCUGGGGAAAAGGCAACAACUUACUCCAAAAGAAUCUGGAUAGACUAUGAUGAUGCUGUAUCAAUCUCUGUCAACGAGGAAGUAACAUUGAUGGAUUGGGGUAACGCAAUAGUGAAAGAGAUACAGAAGGACCAAGAGGGUAAUGUUACUCAUCUGUCUGGGAUUCUGCACCUUGAAGGGUCAGUUAAAACAACGAAGUUGAAGCUCACUUGGCUGCCAGAUAGUGAUGAGCUUGUUAAACUCUCUUUGGUCGAUUUUGACUAUUUAAUUACAAAAAAGAAGCUCGAGGAAGAUGAGAAUUUUGUUGAUGUUGUUAAUCCUUGCACAAGAAAGGAGACUCCGGCACUUGGUGAUUCCAACAUGAGAAACCUGAAGCGUGGAGACGUGUUGCAGCUGGAGAGGAAGGGCUACUUCAGAUGUGAUGUUCCUUUCUUAAGACCAACAAAAUCCAUUGUUCUUUUUGCCAUCCCAGAUGGUAGACAACAACCAGUGUUGCGGUUUGCAGGCUCAGAUGGCAAAACAAAAUGAAGACAGUUCAAUACAUUAGUGCUGGAUUAAUGAGAAGUGACUGAAAUCCUUCUAAUGCAAGUUGAUUAGAUUACCAAUCCUUAAUUGUCUUGUUUUAGAAGUCUUUACUAGCUAUAUUAGUUUUCUUUUUUGUGUCGCAGACAUAGCCGUGGCAUUAUUUUGUCUGCAGAAGUGAAACAUGUAUGAUAUAUACCUCUUUGGUCUAGUUUGUCAUUUGAUAAAACUAAUGAUUCUUGUUUUCAGUUUUACCUGAUCGAGCUCUGCUCUCUUUAAUA